CCCAAGAAGUUCUUUCCCCAUCAUAAGAACCAUAGUACUAGACUGAAGUGUCCUCUAAAUUCUCUUCAAUCUUCAUUCCAAAGUCCAAAUUUAUCCCAGAAAUCGUCUCCAGGAAGGGAAAUCUGCGGUCGGGAUCAAAGUAUGCUUCACGAGCUUUUAUUGGCGCUGUUGGGUUACACCGGAGAUCUCAUUAUCGAUGAGAGAGAGCAGCGAGCCUCUAUUGGCGUUACCCUAUCUCCAGACGCCCCCAUUUCCGAAGAAUGCACAUUUAGACUUGCCCCUGAUCUUUCCUUCAUACAACCAAGCGAAAGGUCUGUGAUUGAAAGGAUAAUCACUUUGGGGUUUUACUAUAGGGAACUUGAUCGUUUCGCCUCUAAAUCUAGAAACCUAAGUUGGAUAAGGUCCGCCAAACAUUAUCCUCAGGCGAAAACUUCUGAAUUACUGGAAUGGAAAAACGAGAAGCACAGUAUAUACAGAAGGGCCGUUGCUAAUGGAAUUGUUGAGGUGCUGUCCAUCUACAGAUCUUCUGUUCUGCAUAUUGAGCAAAAGUUGUUGUCAGAUACUGUGCCCAUCAUAGCAACAGUAACCCAAGGACUUAAUAAGUUCUUCAUUCUCUUGCCACCCCUCUAUGAGCUUAUCCUUGAGAUAGAGCGUGAUGAUAUUUCUGGUGGACGUCUUCUUAAUCUCCUGUACAAAAGAUGCCAUUGUGGGGUGCCUGAACUACAAGCAUGCAUUCAAAGGCUUCUUUGGCAUGGCCAUCAGGUUAUGUAUAAUCAACUUGCUUCUUGGAUGGUGUAUGGGAUUCUUAACGAUCAGCAUGACGAGUUCUUCAUUAUGAGGCAGGAAAACAGGGAAGCAGCGCAUGAUCCAUCUCAUCCAGAUAUGAUUGAUAAAUUUUCGCACAUGUCAACAAGUGAUGCAACUCUAAGUGAUUGGCAUUUGGGGUUUCAUAUAUCUCUGGAUAUGCUUCCAGAAUACAUACCAAUGCGGGUUGCAGAGUCUGUUCUGUUUUCUGGAAAAGCAAUCAGAAUUCUUCGCAAUCCCAGUCCAGCAUUCCAAUCUCAAAAUGCUUUAUAUUACCAAGAGAUGUCUAGAGUGACAUCACAAAGAAGUCAAAGAUCAGAAGGACUAAUAUUUCCCAGGAAGGAACCUUCAGUGGAGACUAUGAAAGGAGAAGAGUUACUUCCACAGUCUGAGGCGGACAAAAUUGAAGCAUUGCUUCAAGACCUAAAGGAAUCGUCUGAAUUCCACAGAAGAUCAUUUGAGGGUGCUGUGGACUCCAUUCGGGCCAUUGCUGCUACCCACCUUUGGCAGCUUGUGGUAGUACGAGCUGAUCUAAAUGGUCACUUGAGGGCCCUUAAAGACUACUUCUUGCUGGCCAAGGGUGAUUUUUUUCAGAUUUUUCUGGAAGAAAGUCGACAAUUGAUGCGGUUGCCACCUCGACAAUCAACUGCUGAAGCUGACCUUAUGAUUCCUUUUCAGUUGGCUUCAAUAAAGACCAUCGGUGACGAGGACAAGUAUUUCUCAAGAGUGUCAAUACGGAUGGCCUCUUCUGGAAUUGCAGUUAGAUCCUCCCAAGCAGAUCUUCCACGAGCAAAAAUAAUUGGAGACUUGUCUGCAUUUUCUGAUUCUUCAGAAACAUCUCUGGAUGGUUGGGAUGCAAUUGCUCUUGAAUAUUCAGUUGAUUGGCCCUUGCAUUUAUUUUUUACUCAAGAAAUACUAUUAAAGUACUGCCGUAUAUUCCAGUAUUUGCUCCGUUUGAAGAGAACACAGAUGGAACUAGAGAAAUCAUGGGCAUCUGUAAUGCAUCAAGAUCACACAGAUUUUGCACAGCGUCGUACAGACCGCGUUAAUAACAAAGUAUCGAAUCAACGAAGGCAACGUUUUACACCCAUGUGGCACAUUAGAGAGCAUAUGGCCUUCCUCAUCAGAAAUCUCCAAUUUUAUAUACAGGUUGAUGUGAUAGAAUCUCAGUGGAAUCUACUGCAAUCCCGGAUUCAAGGAUCUUGUGAUUUUACUGAACUUGUGAACUUUCAUCAUGAUUACAUAGCAGCAUUAAUUUCGCAAUCCUUCCUGGACAUUGGAUCAGUAUCAAGGAUACUCGAUGGCAUAAUGAAAUUGUGCCUCAAGUUCUGUUGGAAAAUUGAGAACCAAGAGUCCAAUGUAAAUAUGGUUGAACUGGAGCACAUCACUGAGGAAUUUAACAAGAAAUCAAACUCCUUGUACACUAUAUUGCGUAGUAGCCGACUAGCUGGGAGUCAAAGAGCUCCAUUUCUUAGGCGUUUCCUUUUGCGUCUGAAUUUCAAUUCAUAUUUUGAGGCGACUGCUAAAGGAGUGCUUAAUGUUGUUAGACCUCGUCCAGAGGUCCCAGUUCCGCGAAAUCUCUGAUUGUGAGUGACCAUUUAUGAUUUUCCUUGAAAGAACUGCAAGUUUGUCUUUGUCCAUUUAUUUGUGUUUGCUUAUGUUAUAUUGGUUCAUUUCUUUUCAAACUUCUCCCCUCAUUGUUGGGAUUGAUUUAAAUGUUUCGAUGUGGAAAGAAAAAGUUAUUUCAUUCGCACAUGUUU